AACUAAAAUUUCUAACCUUAAAAUCGAUUAACAUCCGGCAACCUGUCAGCAAAAACUAUAUAUUUGUGUUAUAAUUUCAAUGAAAAUUAAUAAAAAAUAUUAAAAUUUGAAAGGAGUAAAUUUAUAUAUAAUAAAUUACAAUAAAAUAUGACGUGUUGUUAGGGAAAAAUAAGAGUUAAAAAGAAAAACGAAAGGAAAAUGUCACAGGGAAGAGGAAAAAAACGUGGCGGCGGUGGUCGUUAUCAUGGAAAAAAUUUCGUCAGCAUUGGCGAUAUGGGAAAGGAGGUACUUGAAAAAUUAGAUGAAAAUAGUCAAGUAUUAAAACAAUUUCGUGAAUAUGCAAAUGAACUUGACGAUAAACACGAUCGUUAUGAAAGAAUUGUAAAAUUAAGUCGUGACAUAACAAUUGAAAGUAAACGAAUUAUUUUUCUACUCCAUACAAUUGAUCGUGAUGAAAAAUAUGAAUUAAUUCUUCAAGAAUCAAAAAAACGUCUUGAUAAUGUUAUUAAAUUUUCAUUAAAAAAUAUUGCCAAAGAAUUAAAUGGACAUGAUUAUUUUCAAUAUAUUAAAGCAUAUCGUCCUGGAAUACAAGAAUUCAUUGAGGCAAUAACAUUUCGACAAUAUUUAAAAGAUAAAAAACUUGAAAAUUGUCAUGAUAUUGGCAAUUCAUUUAAUUAUAUUAUUGAAAAUGAUAUAAAAUCACAAUUUAAUAAUGAUAAAAAUAAAUUAAUUUCGCCAAAUGAAGAAAUUAACAUAAAUAAAAAUGAAAAUCAAAAUUUUAUUGAAUUAAAAGAAAAAGAGAAUUUAAUAAAAAAAUUAUUAAUACCACAGGAUUAUAUACUUGGUAUUGCCGAUUUAACUGGUGAAUUAAUGCGUAAAUGUAUUAAUAAUUUAUCAAUUGGCAAUAUUGCAGGAUGUUUUGAAACAUGUAUUUUUGUACGACAAAUGUAUCAGGGAUUUUUGGGUAUUACACCAUUUUCAGGUAGGGAAAUUAAUCGUAAAUUAAUAACAUUAAAGCAAAGUUUAAAUAAAAUUGAAAAUGUUUGUUAUACAAUUAAAAUACGUGGUUCAGAAAUUCCACGUCAUAUGCUCGCGAGUGUUGCAAUUGCUGAUGUUGAUGAAAAUCAUGACGAUGACGAGGGAUUUUAUUGAAAAAAAAAAAAAAAUUAAUUUUUCACCAAAAAUUUUGAUAAAUUGUAAACCUUUUUUUUAUUGUAAAACAUUUUUUUUCGUGAAAAGAUAUUUUCACAUAAAAUGGAAAAUUAAAAGAAAAAUGAAAAAAUUCGACAAAUUAUUGAUAUUAUUAAAAUUAUGUAAUAAAUAUUACAAAAAACUGUUUUUUUGUUUCUCGACGAAUAAAUUAUAAUAAUUGAAUUAAGAAAUUAAUUAUUAAAUAAUAAUUAAAAACUUAAUAAGUAAUUAAAUAAUUUAAAUAAUUGUAUUCUAAAAAUUAUUUCAUUUUUGUAAGCGUGAAAAAAAUUGCAAAAUUAAUAAAUUUUUCAUCAUUUUUUA